AUGAUUGCCAAAGCCCCUGAGCCGGGCAUCCGUAUUGCCAUUGACAGAGGUGGAACAUUCACGGAUUGCGUUGCCUCUGUCCCAGGCCAAAAUGAUAUUGUGUUAAAGCUUCUUUCGGUGGAUCCGGGUAAUUACCCAGAUGCUCCUGUCGAAGCCAUUCGACGUGUUUUAGAAAGAGCCACCGGCAAAUCCUAUCCGAAAGGACAAAAGAUCUCUCUGACAGGAGUCGAGUCCAUUCGAAUGGGCACCACUGUCGCUACAAAUGCCUUAUUAGAAAGAAAAGGUGCAGACGUGGCCCUUGUUGUCACUGAAGGUCUCAAGGAUUUAUUACACAUUGGAAACCAGUCUCGUCCUCGCAUGUUUGACCUUGCAAUCAACAAACCCGAUGUUUUGUACAGCAAGGUCGUUGAGGUCUCGGAGCGAGUCACGCUUGAGGCGUGGUCUGAAAGCAAUGUGCCGGAAAAGAUCGACAUUUCCGCGGACAAAGAUCUUGUCCAAGGCGUCACUGGCGAGGCCGUGAGAAUUUUACAACCAAUGGACACGGAAAAGGUCCGAAAAGACCUACAGGAACUCUACGAUGUCGGCUACCGCUCAGUAGCAGUUUGUCUCAUGCACAGCUAUACGUUCCGAGAUCAUGAGCUAGCUGUUGGCAAAAUAGCGGCUGAUAUUGGCUUCACAAAUAUCUCCCUGUCCUGCGAGUUAGCUCCAGUGAUCAAAGCUGUGCCGAGAGGAAAUUCAGCUACUGCGGACGCUUAUCUCACCCCGGAGAUUAAGAAAUACAUUGAAGGAUUUGUAUCUGGCUUUACCGACCUGGAGUCAAGCAACUGCCGAUGCGAAUUUAUGCAAAGCGACGGAGGCCUUGUAGAGUUUUCGAGACUUUCUGGUCUCAGAGCCAUUCUUUCCGGGCCUGCGGGAGGCGUAACAGGCUAUGCGAAGACCAGCUUCGAUGAUAACGAUGGGACACCGGUGAUUGGUUUUGACAUGGGAGGAACUUCGACUGAUGUUUCCCGGUACGCGGGCGAACCGGAGCUUAUUUUUGAGACCACUACUGCUGGAGUUACAAUCCAAAGUCCUCAGCUAGAUAUCAAUACUGUCGCCGCUGGCGGUGGCAGUAUCUUGACUUGGCGAAAUGGGUUAUUUGCCGUGGGUCCGGACAGCGCAGGAAGCCACCCUGGACCGGCGUGCUACAGAAAAGGCGGUCCAUUGACAGUCUGCGAUGCCAAUGUAGUCUUGGGUCGACUUAUUCCAGAUUCAUUUCCCAAAAUUUUCGGCCCCAACGAAAACGAGGGAUUGGAUGUCGAAAGAAGCAGAGAAUUGUUUGCUCUGCUCACAAAGGAGAUUAACAAUGAAACGAAUCUGGGACUCACGCUCGAGCAGGUCGCUGCCGGCUUUCUCGACGUGGCCAAUGAAGCAAUGUGCAGACCGAUUCGAGCACUCACCGAGGCGAAAGGUCACGAUGCCGGUCGUCAUAACCUAGCGUCCUUUGGUGGUGCUGGAGGACAGCAUGCCUGUUCAAUUGCCAAGGUUCUUGGCAUUAGGCGGGUCCUGAUCCAUAAAUAUUCAUCGAUUUUGUCGGCCUAUGGAAUGGCCCUGGCUGAUAUUUCGCAUGAGGAGCGCAUGCCAUCUGCUCUAAAUUAUGAGUCUGGCUGCUCGGAGGCGCUCAUGACUGGGUUCAAGACUAUUGAGGACAGAGCCGAGCAAGCGCUGCUGGAUCAGGGCUGCAAUUAUGCUCAAAUCUCAACGGAUCGUUACUACAACUUGCGUUUCCAAGGCAGUGACACACCCCUGAUGAUUCAGGAAACUGAUAAGGAAGGGGGCGUUGUCAAGGCGUUUUACGACGCCCACCAGAAGGAAUUUGGCUUCACUCCCUCAGAUAGACCUGUCAUUGUGGAUGACAUUCGUGUCCGGUCUACCGGAAAGAGUGUUAUUGAGGAAUCAUGUUCUCCCCUGGAGGAAUUGAAGGGCUUAAUAGAGACCUCACCGCCAAAGCCCUCGAAGUAUAGCCAGGUCUACUUCGCCCCAUCGGGAUGGACUGCGACACCAACAUAUCAGCUUCCCACCCUCUCUCAGGGCGCAAAGAUACAAGGUCCCGCCAUGAUCAUUGACAACACGCAGACCAUUGUCGUCCUGCCGAAUGCUACGGCUACCAUCCUUUCCGCCAUGGUGAUUAUUGACCUUGAUCCCCAUGUGCAUGACAAGUUAUCCAACAAGGUGGACCCUAUUCAACUGUCAAUCUUUGGACAUCGCUUCAUGAGCAUUGCCGAACAGAUGGGUCGCGCUCUUCAGAAGACCAGUGUCAGCACCAAUAUCAAGGAGCGACUUGAUUUCACCUGUGCUGUUUUCGCUUCUAAUGGAGGUCUAGUUGCCAAUGCGCCCCACGUUCCGGCAAUGAUUGGAAGCAUGGCGUUCGCUGUUAAAUGGCAAAUUAACCAUUGGGGAAAUGAUCUUAGGCCAGGAGAUGUUAUUUUAUCUAAUUCGCCUAUGUGCGGAGGUACCCAUCUUCCUGAUCUGACCGUCAUCACCCCAGUGUUUGAUGCAGAAGGCAAAAACAUUAUCUUCUGGACGGCUUCUCGAGGCCAUCAUGCCGAUAUUGGAGGAGUGCUUCCCGGAUCAAUGCCGCCGAACUCUCGAGAACUGUGGGAGGAAGGAGCAGUCAUGGAGGCGUUCAAGGUAGUUAGGGGUGGAAAGUUCCAGGAGGAGGAACUGAUAAAUCUUCUCAUGAAGCCAUCUGAGCACCCUGGAUGCAGUGGGACACGAUGCCUUCGAGACAACAUCUCCGAUAUCAAGGCCCAAGCUGCCGCUAACCACCGAGGCACUCAACUGAUUCAGGCUCUUAUUCGUGACUAUGGCCUCGACGUUGUCCAAUUAUACAUGGCCGAGAUUCAGGGAGCUUCAGAACAGGCAGUGCGAAACAUGUUGAAAGAUAUUGCGGAGCGGCAGGACCGCACGGAGCUCGAAGCAGUUGAUUACAUGGACGACGGAACUCCAAUUCAGCUCAAGGUGUCAAUCGAUAAGAAGACUGGCUCCGCUGUUUUCGAUUUUGAUGGAACCGGACCAGAGGCCUAUGGAAAUUGGAAUGCGCCCAUCGCCAUCUGUCAUUCCGCAAUCAUCUUCGCUUUGCGUUGUAUGGUGGACGCAGAUAUUCCACUGAACCAAGGCGCCAUUGCACCGAUUACUAUCGAAAUACCCGAAAACUCGCUCCUACGGCCGAGUCCUGAGGCAGCUUGCUGCGCCGGCAAUGUGCUGACGAGCCAAAGAAUCGUUGAUGUCAUUUUCAAAGCAUUCAAGGCCUCGUCUGCCAGUCAAGGAUGUAUGAAUAACCUCACUUUUGGCAGAGACGAGGUAGAGAACGGCUUUGGCUACUACGAGACAAUUUGUGGUGGUAGUGGCGCUGGUCCCAAAUGGGCAGGAACCUCUGGAGUGCACACCAACAUGACCAACACAAGAAUUACUGAUCCGGAAACUCUUGAAAAACGUUAUCCUGUCGUUCUUCGGCGCUUCUGCCUUCGGCCAGGCAGUGGAGGCCGCGGAAUGCAUCGCGGAGGUGAUGGUAUCAUCCGAGAUAUUGAAUUCCGCAUUCCGAUGAAGGUAUCUAUUCUGAGCGAGCGUCGUGUCACUGAACCAUACGGCCUAGAGGGUGGAGAGUGUGGCAAACGGGGAAAGAACUUGUGGGUCAAGUCAAAUGGGCGCGUGGUCAACCUUGGAGGGAAAAACACGGCAAGUGUUCAUCCCGGGGAUCGGGUGAUUAUUGAAUCUCCUGGAGGAGGCGGGUGGGGCUCACCGCAGAACGAAACCGAGGUGAAGAAGCUCGUCAACACGUUCACAAGCGUUGCCAACGGUAGUGUCGACGUUAUGCGUGCACUUGGUGAGCAAGCUUAA